AUGGCAUCAGCAGAAGAGAAAAUUUAUUUAUUAGAAGAGAUUUCUAAAGAAAAGGAAUUACAUCAAAAAACCAUUGAUUUUUUUAAUGCAGAGAGAGAGAAAAACUCUCAACUUAUUGAAACGGUGAAACAGAUGAUGAAAGAGAAAGAAGAUUCAAAAAAACAUGUAGAGGAUAUGCAAAAGGGUAUAAUACAAACUCAAAAGAAAUUAGUAGAAGAACGUAAACAAAAUGGUAUUUUAGCAUCUCGAGUAUCAAUUUUAGAGGAAGAGAAAUCUAGAAUAGAAGAUUCUCAAGAAUCAAAUACAAAUCGAUUAAAUGAAACAUUAUUAAAAUUAAAAGAAAAUGAAGAUAUUGUAAAUUUAAUAAAAAAGCAACAACACCAACAACAACAAAAUUCACCAUCAAUGACAUCAUCAUCAUCAUCACCAAUUAUAAAUGGUAUUAAUGGUUCAUUACAUAGCGAUAAUAAUAAUAAUAGUAAUAGUAAUGGGAAUGGGAAUGGUAUAAUAGGGGAAGGGGAAGAAGAGGAGGAUGAUAUAAACAAUAGGAAUAUUAAAGAUAAUGAUUCAAUGUUAGUUAAAAUAUUAACAUUGGAACAAAAAUUAAAAGAAUCCAAUUCAUUAUUGGAUGAUUUUAAAUUAAUUGAAAAUGAAUUAAAGAUUGAAAAUGAUUUAUUAAAAAAUAAAAUUCAACAAUUAGAACAAGGCAAUGAUGAUGAUAAUAAUAAUAAUAAUAAUAAUAAUAAUGAUGAUAAUAAUAAUAUAAAUAGUAAUAAUAGUAAUAAUAAUAAAAAUAAUAGUUUAAUUAAAGAUUUAGAAGAAGAAAUUGAAAUAUUAAAAUUAAAAUUAGAUAAAGAAAAAAUCGAUGUUGAAAUUGCAAAUGAAACAAUUUUAGAAUUAAAUAAAAAAUUAAAUAAUGAUAAUAAUAAUAAUAUUGAAUCAUCUUCAUCAUCAUCAACAAUUACUACAACUACAACAACUACAAAUAUAACUAGCGAAUAUCAAAUUUUACUUGAGAAUAAUAAAAAAUUAGAAAAUGAAAUUAAAAAUUUAACAGAAAAAGAAUUAAAACAAAAUCAAAGUAAUUUUGAAACAAUAAUGGAAUUAAAUCAAAGUAAAACCAAAUUAAUAGAGGAAUUAAAAGAAGAGAAAUCCAAAUCAAUAGAAUACAAAACAAAGAAUGAAAGAUUAGAAAAACAAUUAAAUUAUACAAAACAACAUUUCGAAGAAGAAUUAAAUAAUAAACAAAAUAAAAUUGAUUUAUUAGAAAAAGAUAAUUUAGAAUUAAAAUCAUUAAAUAUUGAUAAUAAUAAUAAUAAUAAUAAUAAUAAAGAAAAUGAAAAAUUAGAUGAAAAUAAUAAUAAUUUUGAAAUUGAAUAUAAUAAACAAUUAAUUCAAAUUAAACAAUUAGAAGAACAUUUAGAAAAAGAAAGAAAUUAUACUAUUGAAUUGGUUGAGUCGAAUGAAUUAUUAAAAAAAAAAAAAACUUUAAUUAAACAAAAACUUCAAGAAUUACAAAUCAUUCAUAAUGAAAGUAUUUCAAAGAAUCAAGAACAAAUCGAUCAAUUAUCAAAUGAAAUUGAAGUAUUAAAUUCACAAUUAUUUGAAUCUGAACAAAUCAUAAAGGAACAAAAUACUCAAAUUGAGGAAUUGGAAUCUUUAACUUCAGACUUUAAAGAAUUUGAAAAAUUAUAUCAACAAAUUAAAUCUGAAAAUGAACAAUUAAAACAAGAGCAACAACAAAAUAAUAAUAAUAAUAGUAAUAAUGAACAACAACAAAUUAAUAAAAUUAAAGAACUAGAAGAAAUUAAUAAUAAAUUCAAUCAACAAAUUAAUGAAUUGAAAUUAAUUGAAAAAGAGAAUUUAAAGAAAUUGGAUGAAACAAUUCAAGAAUUAAAGAAACAAGAAGUUGAUAAUACAAAGAAAUCAAAUCAAAUCAAUCAAUUAUCAUCAAGUUAUCAAGAGUUGUUAACAAAUUAUAAUGAACUUUGUGAGAAUUAUAAUCAAUAUGAACAAAAGGAAAUUGAAAUUAAAGGUGAACUUGAAAAACUUGAAAAUGAAUAUCAACAAUCGAAACUAGAAAAUAAAGAAACCAUAAAUAAAUAUCAAUUACAAUUGGAAGAAUAUCAACAAUCAUUCAAUCAAACUGAUGAAAUUAUGAAUCUAUAUCAAUCAUUAGAUCAACAAUAUAAAGAAUCAAUGAAUGAUUUACAAUUAAAACAAUCAACAAUUAAUCAACUAUUAGAACAAAUUAAACAAUUAAAUCAACAAUUGAAACAAAAAGAACAAGAAUUAAUUGAUAAACAAAUUAAUACUACUACUACUACCACUACCACUAAUAAUAAUAAUAAUAAUAAUGAAGAAUUAGAUAUGGUUAAUGAAUUAUUAGAAUUAUCGAAACAAGAGAAUCAACAAUUUUCAAAUGAAAUUCAAUUAUUAAUUAAAGAGAAUGAUGAAAAGAUUGAGAAAAUUAAUGAUUUACAACAUCAAAUUAAAGAAUUACAAUUACAAAUCACUCAAUUACAACAAUUACAACAACAACAAGCCACUGCAUUAAGUAAUGCAACCUCUUCUUCUAUAACUGGUAGUCCAAUUAAAAGAAAAACUCAUCAUAGAGAGAAUUCAUCAUCUUCUUCAUUGGAUAUGAUCAUUCAAAAUAUAACUGAUAAUAAUUUAUCUUUAAAUUCUGAUGGUAGUGGUAUAAUUUCAAAUGGUGAAUCUAAACAAAAACAACAACAAACUCAACAAACUCAACAACAACAACAACAACAAACUCAACAACAAUCAAUUUAUUCAAGUCCAAAUGAAAAUGAUAUUUCAUAUGAAGAAUUAAAGAAAAGGUAUGAAAGAAAAUUAAAAGAGAUUGCAGAUAUGAGAAAAUUACAAUUUGAAUAUGUUACAGUGAUGAAUUCAAAUCAAAGUUUAAUUGAUGAUAGAGAUAGACAAGAGAUUGUUAUUAAAGAUUAUGAAUCUAUUUUAGAGAAUUUCCAACAGAUUAAAAGAGAUCUUUGUAUUGCUAAAGAUGUUUUGGUUCAAUUAUACGAUAUUUCACCACACUAUAAGCAAAUGUUAAAUGAAAUUGGUAUUAGUAAAGAUUCAUUAUCUAUCAAUUCAGAUUAUGAUCCAGAUCAAAGAUUAUCAUCAUUAAAAAAGAAACAAGUUCAUUUCAAUCAAAAUGUAAUCUAUUCAAAUGAUGGUAUUCAUACUAAAACUUUAUCUUUAAAUGAUGAACAAUAUCAAUUCAUUAAAGAUAAUAUUUCUUCACCAAUUCAACCUGAUUAUAAUAUAAAUAGUAAUCAAUUAUUUGAAAAUUCAAAAUCUGAUAAUUCAACAACAACAACAAAUAAUACUAAUACUAAUAAUAAUAAUAAAAAUACAACAUCAACAACAACUACAACUACAACUACAGCAAACAAUUCAAUUAACAAUAAUAAUAACCAAGAAGAUGAAGAUGAAGAUGAAGAAGAAGAAGAAGAAGAAGAAGAUGAAGAAUUUUGUGAUGAAUUUGGUGAAUUAGAUGAUGAAGUGAUAAUUAAUUCAAGUGAAUCAGAAGAUGAUCAUGGUGAAGAAAGUAUUGAUAAUUCUGAUAAUGAUAGUGUUCAAUAUCACCCUGAUGAAGAUGAUGAAGAAAAAGAUAAUAUUAGAAAUUCAAUCAUUGAAUUAGAUGAUGAAAUUAUAUUAAAUGAUGAUAAUAAUACUAAUACUAAUAAUAGUUCAAAUACAAAUGAAGAUGAUAAUGAUUCAAUUAUAUUACAUAGUGGUGAUGAUCAAGAUUCAAUAAUAUUAAAUUCAAGUGAAUCAGAACAAGAAGAGGAAGAGGAAGAAGAAGAAAAAGAAGAAUUUAUUACAAAAGAAGAAUUUGAAAUUUAUCAACAAGAAUUUGAACAAGACUUUAAAUUACAAUUUGAUCAACAAAGACAAGAAUUUGAAAUUGAAUUGGAGAGACAAAGACAAGAUUUUGAAAAAGAAUUGGAGAAUCAAAAAUUAAUAAUUGAAAAAGAAUUUGAAAUUGAAUUUGAAAAAGAGAGAAAUCAAUUACGAUCAAAUUUAUCAAAUGAAAAGAAAGAUUUAGAAUCAUUAGAAAAGGAAUUAAAAUUGAAAUUUGAGAAACAAUUUGAAAAAGAGAUUGAAAAAGAGAUUGAGAAAUAUAAUCAACAAAUUAAAACUCAAUAUCAGAUGGAAUUCGAACAACAUCAAUUACAAUUAUCUAUUGAACAACAACAACAAUAUAGUGAACAACAACAACAAUUUGAACAGUUACUUGAAACUUAUCGUCAAGAAAUUAGUAAUCUUGAACAAUUGAAUAGUCAAUCACAAUCACAAUCAAAUCUAUACAAUGAUCAAUUGAUUGAAUUGAAACAAUCAAAUUCUCAUCUAUCACAAUUCAUUCAUACUAUUAAUAAUGAUAUUCAUUCACUACUAAAUUCUUUAUUAUCUUCAAAUAUUAUUAAUACUAAAAAUACUGAUUUCGUUCAAAUGAAAUUAAAUCAAUUAUUAAAAGAACAAAAAAUUAAUGAUAAUGAUAAUGAUGAAAAUCAAGAUGAAAAUCAAGAUGAUAAUAAUGAUGAUAGUAAUGAAAAUAUUUUAAAUUUACAAAAGAAUUUAACAUGGUUAGAGACAAUAAUUAAUGAAUUAAUUGUUGAAGAAAAGAGUAGAGUUAAAGUUAAAGAGAUUAAAGAGGUUGUACAAAUAAAGAAUCAAGAGUUGGAUAUACUUGGUAUUGAGAAUAAGAGUUUAUUCGAUGAUUUAACUAGAUCUCGUGAUCAGUAUACUGAAAAGAUGAAACAAGUCAAUGAAUAUUUAGAUAUCGUUGAAAAGGAUAGAGAAUAUCAAGAUCGUUAUCUAAAGGAAGAUAUUCAAUCCAUACUAGUAGAGGUUGAUAAACAAUUGGAUAAAGUUGAAAAACAUCAACAAUAUUUAAUGGAUUUAAUUAAAGAGAAACAAAAUUAUAUUGAUUUAGAGAAACAAAGGACUGAAUCAUUACUUUCAAAUAUUAAACAAGAAUAUGAUAAUCUUUAUCAAUCAAAUGAAGAUCAUAAACAUCAAUUAGAAUUAAUUCAAUUUGAAAAUUUAGAUUUAAUUAAUAAAUUAAAUAAAAUUAAUUUAAAUAUUGACCAACAACAACAACAUCAAAAUGUUGUUUUAAUUGAUGAACAACAUCAAAAUCAACAACAAUAUGAUCAAAAUCAACAACAACAACAACAACAUCAACAAGAAUUAACAAUGCUAAAUUUACAAAAUUCAAUUACACAAAUUACAAAUGAAAAAGAAUAUUUACAAAAACAAUUAUUACAAUUACAACAACAAUUAUCAAAUAAUAAUAAUAACAGUAAUAAUAACAGUAAUAAUAUCAAUAAUAAUAAUAGUAAUAGUAAUAAUGUAAAUAUUUCACCACCUCCAUCACCACCAAAAUUAAUAUCAAAUCCACCAUCUUCAAAGAGAAAGAAACAAUCUUUUACACCAAAUGGAAGAUAUUCUUCAGGUACUUCAAAUACAACAACUGUUAAUAGUGGUUAUAGUAGAUAUACAAAUGAUGAAUUAUUUGAUAAUCAUGAUGAUGAAUUUGAGCCACGAUUAUUUUAUAAUUCAAAUAAUAAUAAUAAUACUACUACUACUACUAGUACUACUACCUCUUCAAAUACUAAAAAACAACAACAAAAACAACAAAAUACAUCAUCUGCAUCAAAGAAAAGAGUAUUAUUAAGAAGUAAAGAUGGAGAGAAAGAUGACGAUGAUCAUGAUGAUGAUGAAAUUGAUAAAAUAUUAAAAGAAAAUGAAAAAGAUUUAAAUGAAAUUGAAAACUUUUUAAAGAAAACAACACCAAUUAAACCAACUACAGUUUUAUUACCACCAUACCAACAACAACAACAACAACAACAGCAACAACCAAUAGCAUUUAAUACUAAUAGAUUAACACCAGUAAGAUUAAAUGAUAAUUAUAAUACCUAUUACCAAUAUCCUUCUUCAACUUCAAGUAUUAGAUAUCAAAGUUAUUAUAAUAAUAAUCAACAAUCAAUACCAUUUUCAUCAUCAGAUUAUUUACAUCAACAACAACAACAACAACAACAACACCAAUAUACUACAACAAGAUCAAGAUCGGCAAAUUCAACACCAAUUAGAUCUUCACCAUUUUAUUUUAAUAAUAAUAAUAAUAAUAAUAGUAGUAGUAGUAAUGAACCAUUUUCCUCAAAUAAUUUAUUACAGCAAAUUGAACAACUUCAGAAUCAAAGAUUGGAUGCUGAUCAAAAGAUACAGGAUUUAAUGAUGAAGUCUUAUAAUAAUUAUAUUGAUGUUUUAAAAUCAAAAAUCGAUAAAAAUAAUAAUAAUAAAUAA